CACCUCAGGCAAGUAGGAGUAGCUGGAAAGUUUGUUGAGUUUUUUGGAAGUGGAGUUUCACAAUUAUCUAUCGUAGAUCGAACUACAAUAGCCAACAUGUGUCCAGAAUAUGGUGCUAUCCUCAGCUUUUUCCCUGUUGACAAUGUGACAUUAAAACAUUUAGAACAUACAGGUUUUGACAAAGCCAAACUCAAGUCAAUGGAGACGUACCUUAAAGCUGUGAAGUUGUUUCAAAAUGACCAGAAUUCUUCAGAACCUGAAUAUUCCCAGGUGAUCCAGAUUAAUCUGAAUUCAAUAGUUCCAUCUGUCAGUGGUCCAAAAAGACCUCAGGAUAGAGUUGCUGUGACAGACAUGAAAAGUGAUUUUCAAGCUUGCUUAAAUGAAAAGGUAAAUUACUUAAUUGUUGUUAUAUCCAUCAACAUGCUUUAUGCUAAGCAGUGA